AUGUCCCCCUCGAGCGGCGCUCCAAUGGCACAACCACAAAAGCCAGAAACUUUUAUGUUGUCGGAUGAAGCACAACAAAGCUUGCCGCAGGAUGCGCAAGUCGCCCUGCAGCAGGUAGACAACCUUAAACACUUCCUCAUUUCCGCCCCAGUGGACUGGCCUCCAGAAUCCCUCAUCAGACGAUUUCUCCUGCCUACAGGCGAGUACGUCUCCUGUGUGCUAUGGAACAACCUCUUUCACAUCUCCGGUGUAGACAUUGUGCGAUGUCUAUCCUUCCGCUUCCAAGCCUUUGGCAGGCCCGUCAAGAAGCCUAAGAAAUUCGAAGAAGGCAUCUUCUCAGAUCUAAGAAAUCUGAAAUCUGGAACAGAUGCGUCAUUGGAAGAGCCAAAGAGCCCCUUCCUCGACUUCCUGUACAAGAACAACUGCGUUCGCGCACAAGGAAAGCAGAAGGUCUUCUACUGGUAUAGUGUCCCUCACGACCGCCUCUUCCUCGACGCGCUCGAGCGAGACCUGAAGCGUGAGAAGAUGGGCCAGGAAGCUACCACUAAAGCUGUUGCUGAGCCCGCUUUGUCAUUCAAAUUUGACUCUUCGCAGUCUUUGUUCGAGCAAUUGACUAAGGCUCAACAGGCGAGCUCCUCGUCAUCCGCAAUAGCGAACGCUAACGCCAAUGCGAACUACUCGCAAUCCACAUCUCCUGUCAUGCGUGCAGCUGACUCGAUGCCUCCUCCAAACAUGCUGCCUCAGACAAUGCCACGCACUACAGAACCACAGAAUCAGGGGAUGUACGUCAACACCUCCAUACCCGGUUCGAUGCGCAAUGCCAUGUCCUCCGAUAUGGGCGGCCAGCAGGAUUUCUCUCAAAUGGGAGGCUACGAUAGAGCUCACAUGCGGUACAUCUCCAUGCCGGCGUAUUCUCCUGCUCCUUCUUUUGUCUCCUCUCAUUUCGAGGACUACAGCAAUCGUGGUCUUUCAUAUGAGCCGAUCACGCCACCCCAGCAAGCAUUUUCUGUUUAA